AUGGCUAUGUGGGGCAUGUUGAAAAAAAUAUUUCUUCGCCACAAUUCCUCAGAUGAAGAAGAAUUACAAAACGAACAAAGCCUCUGUGAUGCGUCAAAUGUGAACUCCGAACCUCAUGCAAUGGAUGGUAUGGAGGACGCUGUGGAGCACAAACCUGUGAACGAAUCGGCAGAGGCGGCACCUGAUUCUGGAUUGCAUGAUAAAAAUGUAAGGAAGAUAAUGCGUCCAGUGAUGUUCAUAUGGCAUUACCUUAAAGAAAAUGAACCCUACUCGGUCUAUGUAUGUGGAUCCUGGGACGGAUGGCUCAAUCAUACAAGGCUUCACAAAUCAGAUAGCUAUUUUUUCGCUGUUAUUAAUUUGGAACCGGGAUACUAUGAAUUUAAAUUUUAUGUGGACAACGAGUGGAUGACCAACGAAAAUAUUCCCUACAUUGACGUCGGAUACUACAGUAAGAACAUCAUCACCGUCAAAGAAGAAGAGAAUCACGAGAUUGCCAACGAGAAAAAUGACCUGUAG